AUGCAAGACGUAUAUGAACAGCAUAAAGAGUUGAUUUUACUUGGAGAGAGGGUUGUUCUUGCAACUCUUGCUUUUGAUCUUAAUGUAAACCAUCCAUAUAAACCGCUGGUUGAGGCAAUAAAGAAAUUCAAAGUAGCUCAUAGUGCCCUUGCUCAAGUUGCAUGGAAUUUUGUUAAUGACGGGAUCAAAUCAGGUGGUAACAAUUUGACUUUAAAAGGAUAG